GAAAGAGAAAGGGACGAGGGAAUUGGUGCGCGCUGGGAACCACCCGGACAAGAGCUGAAAGACGGAUAUUCCCUGCCUCAGGACACACCCUCCAUGCCCUCUCUCUCGCUCCCCCUCUUUCUCUCCCCCUCUCUCCCACUCUCAUUGUUUCCCACACCGACUGUCGCCCCCGGGCUUCGUAUCGGGUUAACAACUGACCAACCACCGGCUUUUAGAUGAGAGAAGCGCAAAGUGGAAUCAUUCCGCCUGAGAGAGACGCAACUUCGGCGCCGGCUCUCACGCACUCGCCCGACGAAGAUUAAACGCGGUUUUUUUUUAUGAUGACUUUUUAAAGUGUUUUCAAGGUUUGAAGAGAGACUGAAGAAGAGAGCGCGAGCUCAUUUGGAAUGAGAGUUCAAGUCGAGUGAGCCCUGCGGAUUGGACCGUUAAAGCCUCUUAACGCAGGUGUCGGGAGGAAAACACGGCAAAGCGCAGCGUGUGUGUUUGUGUGCGCGUGAGGUUCGCGGUAGAAGUCCAACCAAGGACACGGCCGCAAGAGGGUUGAUCAGGUGCGAGUUUCACGGGUCGCUGGGUCUGGGGAUACAUCCAAUACGGGUUUUUAGGGUUUCUCCCACCUGGACGCAAUGAAGUGGCUCUGCGUGAGUUCCAGGGUUUAAGAACCGGAGAGGAGGAGAGCUGGGCGGACGGACGGACACUGGGAGGGAGGAGGAGGAGGAGGAAGAGGAGGAGGAGGGUGACACGCCGCCAAAGCGCACAACACGUUCCCCGAUCCCCCGGCGCAGGGAUGGAGAGCACUAGAGCGCACGGGGUUGCUCGGCUCGAUCCCAGAAACGCGAGUGGAAAGAUCACUGCGAGGCCGGGCGUGAGGAGUGACCGGCACCGGGGACACCUCCACCUCCACCUCCACCUGCGGCGCACUGUGAUUCUUCUCGUCGCGCUCACGAUACAACCGCAGGCUGUGUGUGCAGUCGGCAUGUUCGAGCUUCAGAUCCAAUAUUUCGAGAACCCCCUCGGACUUCUGCAGAAUGGAGACUGCUGCGACCUCCAGAACGGCGGCGGGCAGCGCUGCUCUGCCCGGGAUCAAUGUGACACUUUCUUCAAGGCCUGCCUCAAGGAGUACCAGGCCCGGGUCGUCCCAACUGGGACCUGCACCUUCGGGUUGGGCAGCACGGGGAUCCUGGGUGGAAACUCCCAGUCGCUCCGCCACAGAGGGCACGGCGGAGGAGGAGGAGGAGGAGGAGAGGACGGGACUAGCGGACACAUUGUCAUUCCCUUCAAAUACACAUGGCCGAAGUCCUUUUCUUUGGUGUUGGAGGCUCUGGACUAUGACAACGACACGUCAGAAUCAGGUCAGUUGAUUGAGCGAGUCCUCCUCUCUUCCAUGUUGAACCCUGGUCUACAGUGGCAGACGUACCGUCACCACGGUCGGCCUCUCACUCUGGAUUACCGGCUUCGCUUCCGCUGUGAUUCAAAUUACUACGGCCCUUUCUGCAACAAGCUCUGCAGGGCCCGGGAUGACUUCGUCGGACACUUCAUCUGUGACCCCAACGGCUCCAAGGUCUGCAUGGAGGGCUGGACGGGGCCAGAGUGCAAAGAAGCGGUGUGUAGGCAGGGUUGUCAUCAGACCCACGGCAACUGCACGGCACCUGGAGAAUGCGAGUGUCACUAUGGCUGGAAGGGCCCUCUGUGUGACCAGUGUGUGACGUUCCCCGGCUGUGUGUAUGGAAGCUGCAGCGAGCCCUGGCAGUGUGUGUGCGACGUCAACUGGGGAGGACUGCUGUGUGACAAAGAUCUGAACUACUGUGGCACCCACCAGCCAUGUAAGAAUAGCGGGACCUGCACCAACACGGAGCCUAACGCGUACCACUGUGAGUGCCAGGAUGGUUUCAGAGGACGCAACUGUGACAUCGUGGAGCAUGCGUGUUUGUCGUCGCCCUGUGUGAAUGGAGCCACCUGUGUGGAAGACCCAACCGGCUUCAGCUGUACGUGUACCGACGGAUGGACCGGACAAAUCUGCGCUGAUGCGGUGAGGCAGUGUGAUCGGAGCCCCUGUGGCCGUGGAGCAACAUGUCAGGAGGCUCCCGGAGGUUUCCGGUGCCUCUGCCCGCCCGGGUGGACCGGCAGGACGUGCCAGCUGGACACCAACGAGUGUGAAAUGAGUAUAUGCGUCCACGCCCGCUCUUGUCGCAACCUGAUAGGUGGAUACCUGUGUGACUGCCAUCCCGGAUGGACGGGGCCCAACUGUGACAUCAGGAACAGCAGCUGUCAGGGUUUAUGCUUGAAUGGUGGACGUUGUGAGGACCAGAUGUCCAUCUCCAGAUGCUCGUGUACACCUGGUUUCUCUGGGAAAUAUUGCCAGAUUGGUGUGACUCCCUGUGACAGUGCCCCCUGCCUGCAUGGGGGACAGUGUGUGGAGCAGGAUGGAAGGACUGUCAAGUGCAACUGUCCCACGGGAUACUCAGGAGUCUUCUGUGAGAAAGUGCCGGUGGAUAUGUGCAACCCCAACCCUUGCCACAAGGGGAUGCCCUGUCACAGCACAGAGGGCAGAUACUUGUGUGCGUGCCCCGAGGGUUACUAUGGUAACGAGUGCAUGAUCCUCAAAAACCCCUGCAUUGGUCAGCACUGUCCAGGUGCCAUGUCGGACACAACCCAUGGGGGGGCCAGCUUCUACAUCAUCCUGGUCGGCGUCUUAGUUUCAGUGACGGUCUGCGGCUGCGUGGCCUGCGUCUGCAUCCUCUCACACCUCCAUCGAAAGCGGAAAAAGCAGCAGGCCGUCCCGCAGGAAGAAGGCAUCAACAACCAGAGGGAGAUUGUCAACCUCAUCAGAAACGUGGACCGUCCGGCGCCCCUCCUGUCCCCCGCCCUCUCACAGCCUCCGGCCCCAAUCUCACGUAGCUACGAGGAGAUUGAACUGACCCUGCCCCCCUCCCCGGCACCUUCUCACCCGUCUCCAGCACUAAAGGCUCCCCACGGCCCAAAACUGGACAUUUCCAACCGGGAGAGGGAGAAGUUGAACCGCUUCCACCACACAGACAACCAGGAACUGGAGGCCUGACCCUUGAACUUUCGGGCCGCGAGGAGCUUUUUUUUUUUUUUUUUAGCUCUAUUUCAUUUUGUGUUCUUCGCACUCUCUCACCAACAGAGACAUGUUUCCAGUUUCUUGCACUAUUUCACUGUUGCAGUUAUAAAAAUGAUGUGACCUUAUGACCUUUAGGGCCUCAGAUAGCACCUGAAAACACCUGAUGAGCAAAGGCCGCUAAGUAGCAGGGUCAAAAGUCCAACUGUGUUGUCGUCUUUGACCUUAUUAACUAUGAGAGGCAGCAGAUGCGUGAUUGCAUGAUAGACUCAUCAGACUCUUGAUUCAUUCUUGAGGCCUAAAGACUUGCCUUGGAGUGCCUGAGAUACAAGAAAUCUACAAGAAAUAGAGGAUCACCCUCUGGAGGAGCUUCUCAAACUGUUUCCUGGUCCAUGAUGCCAUUGGAAUGCUGUUCAGACUUCCCUGUCUGAUUCUGACUGAACUCUGACAGAGAUCAACGGAUAGAUGCUUAUUUAACACUCAAUGUGCGUGUCUGUGUCUGGAGGUGUGUUAAGUGUGUGUGAGAGAGAAAGAGAGAAAGUAUAUUAUCAGUGUAUGUGGGGGGAAAGGACACAUUACAUUAAAAAAGAAAGUUGUAUGUUGUAUGUAUGUGUACAUAUAUAUAAAUAUAUGUAUGUGUGUAUGCGUGUCAAAGGGGGGGCAUACUCCUGCUUUCUAGCCUUCGUUUUAAAACCUGUUUUAAAACUAUACACUGUUGCCUGUAUUCUCUUUGUACUGCUCCAGUUUGUGGAAGGUGUGUGAUUGUUUCAUACCUGCGUGUAAAGUAGUUUUUUUGUACAUGAGUGUGUUGUACAUAUUGAUGCCCUUUUUGUACUGUGGUUCGGUCUCAAAGUGUCACUAUAUUGCUUUGCUCUGGUUUCCCCAUUUCACUUUCCAUUUGGAUCAACCAGCACAUGGGGAUUGUAAUAAAAGUGCAUUUACCAACUCUAUUUCAUUUUUAAAUUGCCUGUAAACAUCACUUGUCAGAGUCGCUGUUAGUGGGAGGUGUCAGAAGUGCCACACAGAGAUUAUUGACCAUUGUCAUUAAGCGUAAAAUGUGUCACCGCCUUUUUAUAUGUGUAAAACAAGUGCAUGUUUGGAUUGCUGUGACAAGCUUUGUUGUUAAUGUUGUCAGACGCCAAAGCAACGAUGUUUGACAAUAGGGCAAUAAGGAAAACAUGUUCUCAUUUCCUGUGUAUUUAUUGGUUUGUAAUUUAAGUGGGUUAUAAAGUCAUAAAUUGUUUAGACACAGUUAUCGUCACCUUUUCUCCAUUUGUACUAAUGUAUGUUGUGGAACCACAAGUACUUCUACAGUCACCUUAUGACCAAAAAUGUAACGAUUAAGUGGGUUUUAUGAAAAUGAGUAAUGUGUAAGUGAUGCAGAGGGGAUGAGGGUAUUUCCGUUUUACUCUUAUUGUAAGCUUAAAAGCAACUGAGGAAUACAUUUAAAGAGAGAAUUCAGUAGUGUGGGGUUUACAUUAUGAGAAAAGGCCUGAUUGACCCCAGAUUGACCUCCUCUAGAACGACCAUGUGGUUGUGAGUAUCUUGUCUGUUGUUGGAAAAUUGAUCGUACUCACAUUAUACCAUCUCUUAACCUCAGUGGUUCUGAAUGCAUUGUAAUCAUCAACCUCAGAGGUAUUUUAGGAUAUUGGUAAAGUAUAACAAUAAACAGCUAAAUUAUACUGUAUGUAAACACAUACAUAUGUGUUGAGCUGCUGUUGUUGCAGAAUCACAGCAGCAACCGUUAUUGGGCAAAUGGAUGUAACAAAUGUGACCUUUGGCCUUUGCAAACAGCCGCAAGCUGGAAAUGAAAAAAUGCUUCCUGUCACCACCCUGGACAGCAGGAAAUAUGGGAAUGUUAACUACUCCGAGCGCUCCCUCCACCUGAUGUACGCUCCCGGAAAGUCAUGGCUGUCUCAUCUAAAUACAUUUUAUAUCCCCGCUGAUGCAGCUGAUGCUGGCAUGUUAGUUUGUUCACUUCUGCUUUGUUGGCGUGACCUGAAGUUAAUGCCACACUCAGAGGCUAGUUUGUUAACUCCUCUUUUAAACAGAAUCUUUCUGGUGUGUGUCUCCAUGCGUACUGAGAGUCUGCGUCUCCCUGUGCCAGUGUGUUCGUUCUAGCCACGCCUUAGUCCCUCGUCAUAGUCCCUCGUCAUAGUCCCACGCCACAGUCCCUCGUCAUAGUCCCACGCCACAGUCCCUCGUCAUAGUCCCACGCCACAGUCCCUCGUCAUAGUCCCACGCCACAGUCCCUCGUCAUAGUCCCACGCCACAGUCCCUCGUCAUAGUCCCACGCCACAGUCCCUCGUCAUAGUCCCACGCCACAGUCCCUCGUCAUAGUCCCACGCCACAGUCCCUCGUCAUAGUCCCACGCCACAGUCCCACGUCUCGACAACCAGGUUCUUAUGUUCUGCUCCAAUGAUUUUGAUUUCGGUCUGGUUGUAAGGUUAAAGUUUCAUAGUCCUUUUUGUUUUCCUCCGUAAGGAGUGAUUUUUCUUUAGUGACGUGAGAGUGGCUAUCCACGUUUUGAUGUUGUGCAGGACAAUACAGGCAAGGGUUAUGUUGCAUGUAGUUAAGGCAUGCAAAGCGCCUGUUAAGAACUCCAUUUAAACGCUCAAUUGCACAUCUUGCUCUGCAAUGAGCAGUGUUGAAGCGUGCCUGCGCCGGUGUAUUUGCUGUUAGAGAAGGAGUCAUCAACCAUGGUAGGUUUUUUUUUAUAUGUGUGUGUUUUCAUUUCAAAUAAAAAUAAACUUAUAUUGAC